CCUGAUUGUCUACGAUGGGUGAACCACAGCAAGUGAGCGCACUUCCCCCACCUCCAAUGCAGUACAUCAAGGAAUAUACAGAUGAAAAUAUUCAAGAAGGCUUAGCUCCCAAGCCUCCCCCUCCAAUUAAAGACAGUUACAUGAUGUUUGGCAACCAGUUCCAAUGUGAUGAUCUUAUCAUUCGCCCUUUGGAAAGUCAGGGCAUUGAACGGCUUCAUCCUAUGCAAUUUGAUCACAAGAAAGAACUGAGAAAACUCAAUAUGUCUAUAUUGAUUAAUUUCUUGGACCGUUUAGAUAUCUUAAUAAGGAGCCCUGGGAGUAUAAAACGAGAAGAGAAGCUAGAAGAUCUUAAGCUGCUUUUCAUACAUGUUCAUCAUCUUAUAAACGAAUAUCGACCCCACCAAGCAAGAGAGACCUUGAGAGUCAUGAUGGAGGUCCAGAAACGUCAACGUCUUGAAACAGCUGAGAGGUUUCCGAAACACCUGGAAUGAGUAAUUGAAAUGAUUCAAAAUUGCUUGGCUUCUUUGCCUGAUGAUUUGCCCCAUUCGGAAGCAGGGAUGAGAGUUAAAACUGAGCCAGUGGACACUGAUGAUAACAGCAAUUGUACUGGACAGAAUGAACAACGAAGAGAAAACUCAGGUCACAGGAGGGACCAGACUAUAGAAAAAGAUGCUGCCUUAUGUGUCCUAGUUGAUGAAAUGAAUGAAAGACCGUGAAGAGUAUUUCUUUUUUUCUUUUAGUGAGUAGCAUCAUAUAUUAGUUUAUUUUCUCUUGGGCCGUCUUAAGAGGUAUAACUAAAAAUAUAAAGGGACCUUUUUCAAUUGAAAUGCUGUACGUGGCAAUUUAACAGUAAGCAUAGGCAAAGCAUAUUUGAGUAAUGACCAUGAAAAAGCAGAAUGUUUGCUAUUGUAUGGAAUAGUUCUAUGUUUGGAGUUGGAAUAAAGAUUUGAAGUAAUAUUGAACUGUUAUUCUUGGGGAAAAAAGUUAUUUGCUUUAAGACUAAUAAAGGCCAUCAAACUAAAAA